AGUAUGAUAUUAUUUCUUGUUUUAUCUUACCUAUAUAUAUUGAGAUAUGAAUGAGAAGCUUAAGUAAAAUAAAGUACAUAAUUAAUUUCCCAAAUUUGGCUUAGAUGCCCCAGCAAACCACAUUAAUUCCACCUAAACCCCGAGAUCCUAACCCUCGCUUUCGUCACCACCUUUUUCUCGUGUUUUUCCGCUCUCCACACUAACCAAUUUCUCUCACAUUUUCAGCUUCAUUUUCAACAAUAUAACUCCGAACAAAUCUAACCAAAUACACACUAACAACGAUUCAUCGCAAAUUUGAUUCAAUAAUACUCACACACAAUCCGCAUUUUCCAAUUUUUCUUUUCGCCGACGUGAAUAUUCGCUGAUAUGGCGCCGGCGGCCGGCGUAUUGUUACAGGGCGACCGGGUCCCGGCAAAGCCGAUGGUGGUGCCGCAGCUUCGGUCGGCGCCAGUGCCGGAGGUUGUCGCCAAGGACGCUAUCAUCGCGUGGUUCCGCGGCGAAUUCGCGGCGGCGAACGCCAUCAUCGACGCACUCUGCAGCCACCUGCAGGAGCUGGAGAGCAUCGGCAGAGGGGCGGAUUACGGAUCGGUCUUUGCGGCGAUUCAUCACCGGCGGCUGAAUUGGGUGCCGAUCCUUCAGAUGCAGAAGUACUACCCGAUUGUUGAUGUGAUGGCGGAGCUCGAGAAAGUCGCGGAGAAGAAACGGGAGGUGGUGGUUGUGGGCGCUGGAGGUGGCUGUACAUCCGCGUUUAAGGAGGAGUACGCGGAGAAGGAGAAGGAGAAGAAUGUCGACGGUAGUGAUAAUGCCGGAGGAGAAACGGUUGCUGAAGACGGCGGCGAGACGAUGGUGGUGGAUUCGCCAGAAAGUGAUUACACUGAUUCAGGAUCCCAAGAACUGCAGAUAUUAUGUUCUAACCAUGAAGAAUGUGAGGCGCGCCAAGCCCAGAUCAAGAUGACAAAAGGGUUCGUGGCGAAAGAGCCAGUAAAGGGGCAAAUGGUGAAUGUUGUUAGAGGCCUUAAGUUGUACGAAGACAUAUUCACUGGUGGUGAGCUCUCAAAGUUGAAUGACUUUGUGAACGAACUCCGUUUGGCUGGUCGGGAUGGUGAACUCUCAGGAGACACCUACAUAUUAUACAAUCAGCAAGUGAAAGGGAACAAGAGAGAGUUGAUCCAGUUUGGGGUUCCCAUUUUUGGGCAGAUCAAAGAAGAUGCUACAGAUAAAUUUCAAAAGAGCUACAUUGAACCGAUUCCAGCUCUUCUUCAGGAUGUGAUCGAUCACUUGAUUCAGUGGCAUCAGAUUCCAGAGAACAGGAAACCCAAUAGCUGCAUCAUAAACUUCUUUGACGAGGGAGAGUAUUCUCACCCUUUCCUGAAACCACCUCACUUGGACCAGCCUCUCUCCAUCCUGCUCCUCUCAGAGUCAACAAUGGCGUUCGGUCGAACGCUCUUCAGUGAUAGUGAAGGGAACUACAAAGGACCCCUCACCCUCUCUCUCAAGGAAGGGUCUCUUUUAGUGAUGAGAAGAAAUAGUUCAGACACAGCAAGGCAUGCUAUGUGCUCCUCUCUAAACAGAAGGGUGAGCAUUUCUUUCUUCAGGGUGAGGAGUCUCAGACGGACCGAGGCUGAGAGUAGUUUCGAAUCCAUGACCUUAUGGCAAAGAGGGCUCACAGCUCCGUACACCAUGCAAGAUAGCUAUGAGCUUUUGGAUGGAAUCCCCAAAUGUGGCUUUCUGCAGUCUCCUGUCGUGAUGCUCGCGCCAGUGGGCCCAAUGGCUGUGAGUCCUGGAGGAACCCCACGUGGUGGCACCGGGGUUUUCCUUCCGUGGAGUGUCGGGUUGCCAAAACCUGCAAAGCACCUCCCACCACGCGCACAGAGACAGCGGUUUCUUCCUCUUCCUUCCACUCUAGAUACACAAAGUUGAAGAUUGGUGCUGUGAUUUUUGUAUGCAACAGCAACCUGCUAGAUAUUUUUUUUAGUUGAAUUUUGCAAUUAUUUAUGCUGCAAAGAAGCAAUUUUUCCAGCUGAGAAUAGUUGGUGCUUCUUUAGGGUUUACUCGGCUACGAUUCAAAUAGGUUUAGAAUCAGAAAUUUUAUAUUUUUGAAUUUCCCACAGUUGAGGUUGAGGGUUAGUUUAGGCAAGAGAGGGUUCAUUGUUGUAUCAACUUGUUUAUCUUCAGGUUGAAGUUUUUUUAUGAUUUAAAAAAUUAUUCCUUUUUGUCAGUAUA